AUGUCCUCCGACUCAGGAACCGCUGCGCCUGAAGCACCAUCGGUGGGACAAUAUCCUGAAGGAGCCGAGAUCGAAACAUUCAAGGGCAGCUGCAACUGCGGCAAAUUUACGUUUGAAUUUCAACAUCCUUCGCUGCAUGUAAAGAAACCCAUAUCGUGCAACUGCACAUUCUGCACCAAGACCGGAGGCGUUAAUGUUGUCGCUCUCGAGAGUUACUUUUGCCUCAACGGAGGCCCAAAGAGCUGGGAUGAUAUAGGGAAAUUCGUAAAGAAGAACAAGGCUUUCACACAGCAUUUUUGCCCACAAUGCGGGUGUUGGAUGUUCUGGACGGGGAUGGGUCUCGUUGGAGUCAACAUUCGUAUGUUUGAUGGCAUUGAAGUAGACAAGUUGAGCAUAGACCAUUUUGACGGGAGAAAUAAGCUAUAAACAGUGCCACAGCAUAUUUGUUGUCUAAUACUUCUCGACACAACAAUAAUUCAUUCCUUGACUAUCUACCCCUACUCUUACAAACAAAAGUUGACAUUUAUUCGCGUAAAACCAAAUUUGACCUUUCCAUCGUACAAGUACGUGAAUCUCGAGCGUCUAUGUACAGGGAUUAUAUGUAUGUGCG